GCCCCGCGGCGCCGAACUCUGUGGUGUCGGAAGCUCGCAGGACGCGGGAGAAGAUGGCGGAGGAGGAGCUCUCCAACACAACCCAUGAGACCUUCAACUUCACCCUUCACACCACCUUGGGUGUCACCACGAAGCUGGUGCUGCCGACCCCUGCCAAGCCUAUCCUUCCGGUGCAGACGGGAGAGCAGGCCCAGCAGGAGGAGCAGUCAAGUGGCAUGACCAUUUUCUUCAGCCUUCUCGUCCUAGCCAUCUGCAUCAUCCUGGUGCACCUGCUCAUUCGGUACCGACUGCACUUCCUGCCUGAGAGCGUGGCUGUUGUUUCUCUAGGUAUUCUCAUGGGAGCAGUUAUAAAAGUUAUAGAGUUUAAAAAGCUGGCAAAUUGGAAGGAGGAAGAGAUGUUUCGCCCCAACAUGUUUUUCCUUCUUUUGCUCCCACCUAUCAUCUUUGAGUCCGGAUACUCACUGCACAAGGGGAACUUCUUUCAGAACAUCGGUUCCAUCACUCUCUUCGCUGUCUUUGGAACGGCAAUCUCGGCUUUUGUAGUAGGUGGCGGAAUUUACUUUCUGGGUCAGGCCGAUGUAAUCUCUAAACUCAACAUGACAGACAGUUUCGCAUUUGGCUCCCUGAUAUCUGCAGUCGACCCGGUCGCCACUAUUGCAAUUUUCAAUGCACUGCACGUGGACCCUGUGCUCAACAUGCUGGUGUUUGGAGAAAGCAUUCUCAACGAUGCAGUCUCCAUUGUCCUCACCAACACGGCUGAAGGUCUAACAAGAAAACAUAUGUCAGAUGUCAGUGGGUGGCAAACGUUCUCACAGGCCCUCGGCUACUUCCUCAAAAUGUUCUUUGGCUCCGCAGCACUUGGCACGCUGACUGGCUUGAUUUCAGCAUUAGUGUUGAAGCACAUUGACCUGAGGAAAACACCUUCCCUGGAGUUUGGCAUGAUGAUCAUUUUUGCUUACCUGCCAUACGGGCUGGCAGAAGGCAUCUCACUCUCAGGCAUCAUGGCGAUCCUGUUUUCUGGCAUCGUGAUGUCACACUAUACACACCAUAACCUCUCCCCAGUUACCCAGAUCCUCAUGCAGCAGACGCUCCGAACUGUGGCCUUCCUGUGUGAAACAUGUGUGUUUGCAUUUCUUGGCCUCUCCAUUUUUAGUUUCCCUCACAAGUUUGAAAUUUCCUUUGUCAUCUGGUGCAUAGUGCUGGUCCUGUUCGGCAGAGCCGUCAACAUCUUCCCUCUGUCCUACCUGCUGAACUUCUUCCGAGAUCACAAAAUCACCCCCAAGAUGAUGUUCAUCAUGUGGUUCAGUGGUCUUCGAGGGGCCAUCCCGUACGCACUGAGCCUGCACCUGGGCCUGGAGCCCAUGGAGAAGCGUCAGCUCAUCGGCACCACCACCAUUGUCAUAGUGCUCUUCACCAUCCUGCUGCUGGGUGGCAGCACCAUGCCCCUCAUCCGCCUUGUGGACAUCGAGGACGCCCGGGCUCGCCGAAGGAGCAAGAAAGACGUCAACCUCAGCAAGACUGAGAAGAUGGGUAAUGCCAUCGAGUCAGAGCACCUUUCAGAGCUCACUGAGGAAGAGUAUGAAGCUCACUACAUCAGACAGCAGGACCUCAAAGGCUUCAUGUGGCUGGAUGCCAAGUACCUGAACCCCUUCUUCACACGGCGGCUGACACAGGAGGACCUCCACCAUGGCCGCAUCCAGAUGAAGAGCCUCACCAACAAGUGGUAUGAGGAGGUCCGUCAGGGACCGUCAGGCUCUGAAGACGACGAGCAGGAGUUGUUCUGAGCCCGCAGUGCCUCACUCAGCCUCCUCAGAACACAAGAUGAGGACAGCCUCGUCAGCCUCCUUCCUGCUUCUCUGCCAGGCCACAGAGAAAGCCUCGGGAGACUGCUUGCUCAUCUCGCCAUGCCUGGGCCAUGCCUUCCUCACCUCCAGAGCAGCUGCUGGCUGCACAUCUGCCAUGUCUUGGAAUUGUCAUGGUGCCUUGGUGUGAGCAGCAGUUAGCUUGGACUUGGUACCAAGGCCACAAGAGAACAGUCCCUGUUCUGUGUCUUGCACUCCCCAAGAGGAAGGCUGAAGGACUUUCUUUUUCUUGCCAUGGAACUGGCACUUCCCAGCCUGCCUUUGGUAAGGCAUCUAUGGCCCCCGUGGGCACAGUGACAAUGUUUACACUGGUGCGUGGCAGGGGUCAGCCUGCAUGCUUCUAGCAAAGGUGUUCACCCAUCCCCUGGGUUUGGAGUGUUCUCUGAAGAGACAAAAUGGAAGCACAGGGUCUUUGGGGGCACCUCUCCCACUGCCUCAUCUCUCAUUCUUCUGUCUCCCCAGUGGCCUCUUUCUAGACCCUAUAAUGUGAAGGUCCUUCCACCCAGCUACUGGUCAGAGCCCAGCUUUGUCUUUUACCAGUUUCUGGAGCUUUGGUCCUCUGCCCUCCAUGCCAGGGCCCCAGCUCUCCAGGACACUGGGACAGUGCUUCCCACUUGGGCCACUUGGAUUCCGGUGACUUUGGGUCACAGAAACACACACCCAUGCAUGUCACAGGCUAAGGGGCUGGAUCACACCCCAAGCAAUGGUUGCUGCCUGAUGUCCUCACCUGCCCUUUUAUGAGUGGUGUGUGUCCUCUGCCUAUUUGUGACCCUUCAGCGACUACCCACGUGGGCCCUCAUCCCCCAUUGUACUCUGGGUGGCUUAGCUGUCUAUGGCCCUGAUUCACAAUGGGGACACAGUGGGCCUUGUUGCAGGUGUUUCUAACCUCAGGUACUGUGGUUCUGAUGGUGGGAAGGACAGCCAGGUCUCUAAGGCCCUGCCACCUCACUCUGCAGAAGUUGGUGAAGUUGAAAGCAUGCAGUUUGCUUCUGUACAUCAGCUUACUUGUCCUUGGCAAAGCCAAGGUAUGGUCCUCUUCCUUGUCUCUCACCUUAGCCCUGAAACUGGGGCCGCUCUGUAGCCUUGUGCAAUGUUGGGGUUAAGGGGCUGUGUUCAGGCUGGGUUGUUCUCUGAGAACUCAGGUUCCAUCUUUGAGAUGAAGAAUCAGGGUAUCAUUUAGUUGGCCCCUUGUCUCUAGGAUUCCUGUUCCUGGUCCAUCUUUCUUGCCUCCUCCUCCUAGCUGAGACCUGAAGCAAGCUUCCCAGAGCUUGAUGAGAGCGUUAGCUAGAGCACCAGCUCUGCUGAGCACCAGGAGGUGCCUCUGCCUCUUGCUAGAGGACAUAGGCUUAGCACCCUGAGAGACUGUCCAGCCCUUCAGGGCCAUUGGCCAAGGAGCAAAGUGCUAGAUGCCUUUCCUUUCUCAGAUAUUUCACCUGAGAGACAAACGGCUGCCAGCACCGCUCAGACCUGCUCCUUCUCAUGUGUGCGGUGGCAAAAGCGCAGAUGCUACAAGAUGCUGCUCCAGUUGUGUUUCAGGUCUAGGCCAAGGGGCAGGCCAGCUGGGCACACAGAACCUAAUACUUCAGAGUAGGGAGGGAGAAGGGUGUCCCUGGGUACCUGGCACUUCAGCCAGUGGGCAUGCCAUACCCUGUACUUGCUGGUGGUCCAUCCCUGCAGUAUUUCUGAGCCAGGUCUUAGAAUCAGUGACUUGCUUCCUGCAGUGCUGUGGUCACAGGCCCCUCCAGACAGCCACGUCAAGCAGCUUCAGCUUGGCAGGCUGAGGGGCUCGGAGUGCAGAUUUCUUUUUGUGCAGCAGAAUGCCAAGAGACUGAGAUGAGAGCCUUCUUAAAACCUACCCUAAGGGCUACCAGGUCCAUGUUCCCCUGGUAGGAUGGGGGCCAGGCAGCUGCUUCUAUCCUGACCCCUCCUCCCUUAGCUGUGGAGGUCCAUGUGGUAGAGGUCAGCUGCUCCUGGCACAAAGAGGAUCCAGUAGCUGUCUGCCACCCACCAGGUUUCUAAGAUACCAUGUGGAGACAGGGACCUCCCCAUCCUCUUCAGAAAUAGCAGCUUGUUUUCUCUGCUGGCAUGUGUCCAGGGCACCAGGUCCAAGCAGGGAGAGGCAGACUGUUAACUGAACGCUCACAGGAACAGGAGGCAGUGAGAGCCCGUGGGAGGAAGGGCCUUCUGGUGACCCUGCUUCUCUGUCCUGCCUUCCCACCUGUCCACCCAGUUUCAGAGUUGGGAAGGGACAUGGCUCCCUCACCCAGGCUUGGUGGCUGUGGCCCUGUUUUAGAGCCAUGGCAGCACAAGCUGGUGAGUGGUAGAGUUGCCCUGCUUCCAGCAAGGGGAAGCUGAAGGCUCUCCUCACAAGCCUGGGUUUCUUUCUUCUCUGACAUGGAGGGUUUUGGAAGCCCUAAUUUUCUGUUGUGAUUUAGGGAGACUGGCGGGGAGCCAUUGUUCAAGGUCCCUGGGGCCUUUGCUGCUUUGGGAAGGGCCUGGGGCCUGAGCUGGAGGGAAGCUGGUCACUCGCUCGUCUGGAGCAUCCCUCUUGCCUGUCUGCCACCCUCACUGCUGAAUUGGGGGAGGUGUGCCCCAGGUCACAUCACUGGAUAGUUAGAAAUAAAGUGCUAUGCAGUCAGGGCUGACCUCUGUGGUGUCACGCGUAUGCAUACCCUACUCCUAGAUGUGGCUCUGGGUCCCCACAGCUCUGCAGGACAACAGCAGGCAUGUUCCAAGAAGUGCAGUGUUCAGACGUACAGCUCUGGCCCUCAGUGAACAACACUUGAGACAGAAUGCUUAUGCCAACCAUGACUUCCUCCCAGGUGCCAAGAAGCCAUUGCUCUGAGCCUGCUGCUGCUUGAGUGUACUGGUUUUUGACAGCAGAAAAUGGAGAAUUAACUUCUCCAUGGAAUCUGAAAGGUUGAGGAUCCAGAGCCUCUCUGGUCCUCAGUUCAUGAAGAAAGACCUGUGAGGUCCCGAGUUAGUUCAUGCACACACACUUCCUGAAGGAGCCGCUGCCAGGGAAGGCUACCUGAGUGUGACAUCUCACGGGAACUCAACCAGCCCCGAAGUCAGGGAAGACACGGUGAAGAACAUGUCAGGUUCUCAGGGAGCCCUGGUCCUAAGGAUGGCUAGCAGUUUUUCUGAGCAGUGUCAGCCUGCAAGAAAGGGCUCGGUCCCACUGAAGGAUACAACCUGAUCCACUCCAGAGAAAGCUUUCAAAGUAGAGAGGAGAACUCGCAGAAUUAGCUCCCUUAGAGUCCAGAAAGCUAUGGAGAAAAGGUACCAGAGCCCCCAACCCACUCAUCACAGAGCUCGAUCUGAGACAGAGACAUACUAAAAACAUAUGCUACAUGGCAGAGGCAAGGGAGUCUCUGAGUUGGAAGCCAGCUUGGCCUACAUAGCAAGCUCCAGGCCAACCAGGGCUAUACAGUGAGACCCUGUCUUCAAAAAUCAAACCUGCUGUUAGGCAUUGUGGUGCACACUCAUAAUCCCAACACUAGAGGCCGAGACAGGAAGAUGGCCACAAUUCUGAACUAACUAUAAAAUAAGAGUGCCUUUUUUUAAAAAGGCAAAAGAAAACAACAUGUACUACCAGCCCACGUGCAUCCUCCAUGGUGUGCUGCUGUGCUUCUCUGGGGCUGUAGCUUUCUCAGAAGAGCUGUGCUCAUGUCAGCUCCACUCUCCUGUCAGUCCCUUUACUUGUUGAGGAAAGGCCUCUGACCCAGGAUGCUGAGACAGCAGCACCUUGGAGAGCUGCCCAAAGGUCCUUUGCCUUACAUAGAUGUAAAACCCAGGCCUGCUGCUGCCAUUCCAAGGCUGGAGGGACUGACAGAGCAGAAAGCAUUCUUCUGGUUUCUUUAGCUCUUGAGAGAGACGGGGUCUCUGUAGCCCUGUGUCCUAGAAUGUGCUGGGUGGACCAGGCUGCCUUCAGGCCCAGUGAUCCGCCUGCCUCUGCUUCCUGAGUGCUGGGGUUAAAGGCGUGGGAGGCCAGGAGCCAUCUAUCCGAAGUGGAUGCUAGGAGCCAAGCUCCUGUGUUCUGAGUGCAGUGAGCCCUUUGCACCACUAAGCCAUCUCUCAAGUCCUACAUCUAGCAUUUUAACUUGGGUUCCGGGGAACAAAUUGGGUUCUCAUACCUAUGAGGGAAAACGAUUUUUUGUUUUACAUGAAGCUAAGGCAUUGUGGAAUAUACCUAGAAUCCAAACAUUUGGGAGACUCAGGCAAAUGGGUUGCUUCAAGUCUGAUACCAACAUGUUCUCCAUGGUGGCUAGCCAACAAUGACAUAAAACCAAAGAAAAUAUGUGUAAUGUGUAUUCAUUCACUUCUGUGUAACUUCACAUGUCUAGAUUCACACCACACAGGGAGGUCCUCUUAUAGACGUGAUAGAAAUGAGAGAUCCUGUGGCUAAACAGAACUGGGUGCUCCAUGUUACUGUGAGUGACAGCUAAGUGGGGAUGACUCUCCCAGAGGGCAGAACCCCACGUGCCUCCUGCUGAAGCAGUCUGUCUCAAUGCUGAAGAGCCAGCGUGCAUGCACAACACUCCAUUGUAACAGGACGGCAGGUAAGACAGUAGCUAGUUUGACUGAAACAGAAGGAACAUAUGACUAAGUUCUAGACACUUCCCUAAGAAAAACAGCAAACCAGAGCUAGGGGUGGCUGCCUUAGCACAGAAAGGGCGUGUCCUGGCUAGCUGUCCACUUGACACACACUGUUGUCACCUGAGAAGAGGGGACCUUGACACACACUGUUGUCACCUGAG